GGACCCGUAGUCCUAUGGUGAACUACUCACACAUCACUCCGGAGGCGGGCAUGGUGAUGAAGAAGGCCUCCGGUGAUGAUCUCCCCUCCGGCAGGGUGCCGGGAAGAGCUUCUGAUCUCCCCGCGACGACGGCGGCGGCUACGGACUUCUUUCUGGAACUUUUGCGCUAUAUCUAGGGUUUUCCCUUCGGGGUGAAUAAAUAGGCGAAAGGGCGGAGCCGGGGGACGCUCUGGUGGGCCACACCCUACUCAGGCGCGGGCAGGGGCCCAGUCGCGCCUGGGGGUGGUGUGGGCCCACCAGGUGCCCCCUUCUGGCUUCUGGAGUCUUCCGGUGUAAAACUUCAUAAAAUAGCUUCCUUUGUCAAUUCCGAGAAUAUUUAUUUUUCAGCUCUCCUGGAACCAAAAACAGCAGAAAACAGGAACUGGCCACUUUGGCAUCUUGUCAAUAUGUUAGUGGCAGGAAAUCAAUAAAAACACCUAGAAGCACAAGUAAAAUAUAAAGUAAUUGGCAAUAAACAAGCAUGGAGCAUCAAAAAUUAUAGAUACAUUUCCAAUGUAUCAGAGCUCGCGGGGCGGCAGAGGGUCAGGCAGCAGACAGAGGAAGAAAACAAGACUGAGAAGUGUUUUGUGUCGAUGGCAUGUGGGGCCGGAAAGGCACGGGCGGACACAUUUUUGUGUCCGGGCGUGUCUGGCCCGACGCAUCCGCGACGCAAAUUUGGGUCGAGGAUGGGUCGCGGCGGACACGCCUGUCCGGAUGGGACGCACCGCUGGAGGGUUGUUUUUUGCCCCCGGACACAUUUCGGACAAAUCCGGACACAGCCGGACCGGAUGGGUAACCCUAGUGCGGAUGCCCUUAGCACGUACAGGGCGAGCGCGUGCACUGGUGCAGCACGUCGAGUGUUCGAUUCCCCCGCUGCCGGGAGCACGUGGUACGACGCGUCGUGGCAGGUGUACAAAAUGUAUUUUAUUGGAGUGCAUUGGUUUAAAGUGCCUUUAAAUCUAGACUAUAGGAGCCACUAUUGAAAAAGCCUCUAAUAGUAUAUAUUUGGAGGCACUUUUAAAAACUGCCUACAAUGAUAAUUUGUGGCACUGAUUUAAAGUGCCUUUGAAUAUAGACUAUAGGAGGCACUAUUGAAAAUGCCUCCAAUAAUAUACAUUUUGUGGCAUUUUUUAAAACUGCCUUUAAUUAGAGGCACAAUAAAAGGCAUAAUUUAAAAAAGUGCCUUCUAAAAUAACUAUUAGAGGCAAUUUAAAAAUAUACCUUCUGCAAAGUGCCUUCUAUUGACAGGGAUGUGAGGUAGUGGAGUACAGAAUAAAAGUUAUGGAAUUUACAAGACUAAAACAAAAUCUAGAAUUUCUGGAAAUUAAAAGAACGGGGGCAACCGCUAGGGUACCCGUAGCAGUGGUGCCUAGGUUCGGGUCAGCGUACCACGCAAGCAGGCCACGCGGCCCGGGUCAACGGUCGGGCGGAGGACCCGCCAGGCCAGGUCAUCCCCGGCGACCGGCCGUUGACCGACGCCAGCGACGGGGGAGCAGACCACCAGAGGACGCGCGAAGUGGCGUGUUCGAAGCACGGGCUCGUGCCGAACCUAGCUAGGGCGGCGCUGCUACUUCUGAGUCGCCGGAACGACGCCGGCGACAACCAUCUGAGGCGGCGCACGGCGCGGUGAUGUUCCAGGACGCGGUUGAGAGGGAGGAAGGGCUGGGGAGGUUGGCCUGCUCACCAGGAGUGCGACGGAAGGAUCGGGGAGGCCGGAGGAGCAGCGGCGACGCGGCGCCAUGGUCAACGGCACGGCGGCCAGAGCUCGGGAAGACGGCGUCGCGGUCGUCGACGGCGGCCGUGGCCCGUGUUAGACGGCGGAGAAGGAGGGUUCGCGGGGCUCGACUCUGGCCGCGCCUCCGUGAUUCCUUCGCUGGGGUGAGAGAGUUGACUACGGCGAACUCAGCUGGCCUCCGGAUUACUACUCCGUUUCGGAACCAAAAAAAAGGGGACCAGGCCGUUUCGGGAUAGUCCUAUGCCGUUCCAUAUAUAUGCAUACGAUCGGAACAAGCCACCAGAGCAGGACUACGGGGCACCGACUAUCACGCUUCACGCGAUCCAGAGAGAUCCAGAGAGCUGCAUCAAUCACGAGACCUCUUGCAUCAAUCAAUCAAUGGCGUCGCCGUUGUCUGAGAUUCCCGAGGACGUGCUACACCUCAUCAUCGACGGCCUCGUUUCCUCCACUGAUCGGCGUGGCCUCGUCUCCACGGCGUGGUCUGGACUACGCCGGCUCCUCCACUUCUCCGAUGGCUUCGAGGCGGCGCGCCGUGCCCGGCACUCGGUCUCGGCCGAUCGCGCUCGCUUCCGGGCCGUCUGUCGUUCGUGGCACUUGGCUAUGCGCCAGCACGUUCCGGCUCCAAGGCAGAUCCCCUGGAUUGUCAUGUCCGAUGGCUCGUUCCUCACACCUUCGGACGUUGCCGGCACCUCGCCCGCGCGCAUCCCCUCCUUGCCCAGGAACGCGAGAUGCGUAGCCUCGGCUGAUAGUUGGCUCCUUCUCGACCGCACGGAUGUCAGGAAGAAGAUGCAUAGCUACUUCUUGCAUGAUCCCUUCACCAACACGACUGUGCCGCUCCCAGAGCUUGACGCUGUGAUCGGCCAUGCUUCUGAGCUUUUCGGGGUCCACAAACUGCGUAUGCGGACGACCCCUUACGACAUCAUAGUCGUCAUGACCAAUAAUUGGAAUUAUCCUAUCAUCUUGAUCCGGCCAGGGAAGGGUGUGUGGUUGCCUAAGCCACAAACUGCUCCCUUCAUCUACAUCGUCGACACUGCAUUUCUUGGAGACAAGCUAUAUGGAAUCACUCACGCCGAGGAUCUUGUCUCUUUUGGUAUAGAUUUCGACAACAAAGGCGUACCCACCAUCACAACUAUCGAGCGCCUCAUCAGGCACCCACCGAGAAAUUAUUGGUUCAAAGUGUGGAGCGAUGAUAAUGGAAAUUUUGACUCCGCGAACAAUGAUACGGGAAAUAUAGAUGAGGUCGCCAAUAAUGAGGAACAGAGUAAAGAGGACACCAUAGAGCAACGCCGGAAGAAAACCGGCGAUGACAUGAUUCUUGAAGGCAUUACUGCUUGGUCGGAUGAUGAGGAUGAAGUUAGGGACCACUGGUACUUAGUCGAGUCAUGUGGAAAACUAUUAAUGGUGAUACGACAAGUUCGAGUGCCCUCCUAUAAUAUCAGCUCCACUCUCAAGGUAGAGGUUUAUGAGGCGGAUGCCUGCAAAGGUGCCCACUGCUGGGUGCCGAUUGUUGGUGGGCUAGGCAGCCAAACGCUUUUCAUCGGCAGAUUCUUCUGCAAGUCUAUUUCAACUUGUGAUGAGGCGGACCAAGAUGCUAUUCAUUUUAUCGACACGGGGGAGAAAUACAACAUGAAGUCACAAACUAUGAGCAAGUCAUGGAGGGACAUCGAAUACUUUGAGUCCAUGUGGAUCUUUUCUCCCAAGCUAGUGGUUUAAUACUAGUAUCUGUUUUUUGAACCAAAGUUCAAUAGUAUUUGUAACGACUUAGAAAAAUUUCAUACUAUGUAACAAUAUGCCAUUUGUUAGAUAUAAGUACCCACGGAGUGUUUUUUCAUCGCACAAUAUUCCUCCUUUGUUUUAAAAGACACCAUACAAUGUUUUUUUGGCGGGGUACACUAUGCAAUGUCGUAAGAAAAGCAACGUUAUGCAAAGUUGAACUUUAAAAACAUAUGAGGUUACGCAAAGUUGUAACCUAGACUACCAAGUCUCCACAUCAAAACAAUAAAAGAAAACUACUAUCACGUUGCAUAAAAAAGAAAGAGAGAGCGAGAACGAUGCAUGCAUCAACAAUGCACGAGCAUCAUUGUUUUGCCUAGGCAGAAUCAUUGUUGGAAAAUGAUACAGAGAAGCGCCGCACCGUACGCUCUCUCGUGCGGCG